AUGUCACAUUCAAAAGGCGAAGCUUACGAAAGUGACACUUCCUCUGUCGAACAGUACGUUCCACAACAAUUACAAGAUAAUAACAAUAGUCACAAUGACCAUCUCCCAGUAGAAUUAACUGACGAUGAUGUCAUCUCCCGCCCUUCAAUCGCCUUAUCAAGAACUCGUACUAAUAUGACCCAGGCUGAAGAAAGACAAGAAGUUUUAAGUAUCAUCGCUUCUCACAAAGAUGGUAUAGAGAGAACUUUGUCUCGUUAUGAAUCUUCAACUCAUGGUAUUGGUCCAAUUGAACAAAUGAUCGAUAAAGAAGAUGAUGAGAAAAUUAUUCCUGCUAUCGAUAAUACCUACUAUGACGAAGAUAAAUGGAAAUAUCCUGUCGAUUCAGAAACUGGGUUCCGUAUCGUUCAAUUUGUAGAUGACGAUAGAGAUGAUCCACGUACUUGGACCACUAGACAAAAAUGGAAUAUCACAAUUUUAUUAGGUAUCAUCUGUUUCGAUGUCGCUAUGAUGUCUGCUAUUGUCACAGGUGAUAUCAAUUCGCCAGCAAAACAUUUCAAUGUUUCCAUUGAAGUCAUAUGUCUAACUGUAUCUUUAAUGGUAUGGGGUUUCGGUAUCGGUCCAAUGAUUUUCGCUCCUUUGAGUGAAGAAUUCGGUAGAAAUGCCAUUUAUCAUACCACUUUAUUAGUCGCCGUUAUCUUCAUUAUUCCUUGUGCUGUACCAAGAAACAUCGGUACUUUAUUGGCUUUUAGAUUCUUAGAUGGUUUGGCUUUCUCCGCCCCAAUGUGUUUAAUCGGUGGUAGUUUGAGUGACAUCUGGAGAGUGAAAGAGCGUGGUGUAGCAAUGGCUAUCUUUUCCGCUGCUCCUUUCUUAGGUCCUGUCAUGGGUCCAAUUGUCGGUUCUUUGUUAUCUGUUAAAUGUGGCUGGCGUUGGGUUUACAUAUUCAUGAUCAUCUUCAGUGGUUGUUUAUAUGCUGUCGCUUUUGUUUUCUUACCAGAAACUCAUCAUCAAACUAUUUUGAAGAAACGUGCUAAAAAAUUAAGAAAAUUAACUGGUGAUGCUUCUUACAGAGCUAUCUCAGAAAUUAAAAUUAGAAGCUUAUCUGAAGUCGCCAAAGAUAGUUUGCUAAGACCUUUCAUUUUAUUAACUGAAUUAAUUGUCUUCCUAGUCACUUUAUAUAUGUCUGUCAUCUACGGUUUAUUGUACAUGUUCUUCUUUGCCUACCCAUUGGUCUACAGCGAAGGUAAAGGCUGGGGUGACAUCAAAACAAGUAUCAUGUUCAUUCCAAUCGGUGUAGGUGUUCUUGUCGGUACCGCUCUAUCUCCUGUCUUUAACAACGAUUAUAACAGAAGAGCUCAACGUUAUAUCGACCGUGGUGAAAUUCCUCCAGCUGAAUUGAGAUUAAUCCCAAUGAUGGCUGGUUGUUGGUUCGUCCCUAUUGGUUUAUUCUGUUACGCUUGGACCUCUUUCCCUCAUGUCUCUUGGGCAGGUCCUUGUUUCAGUGGUUUUGCAUGUGGUUUAGGUUUCAUCUUACUGUAUAACCCAGCUAACAAUUAUAUUGUCGAUUCAUAUCAACAUUAUGCAGCCUCUGGUUUAGCCGCUAAAACAUUCGUCAGAUCCAUGUGGGGUGGUGCUUGUCCAUUAUUCACCAUUCAAAUGUACCACAGACUAGGUUACGAAUGGGCUAGUACUUUAAUGGCUUUCAUUGGUUUGGCUUGUUGUGGUAUUCCAUUCUUAUUCUACAUAUAUGGUGCUAGAAUUAGAAAAAGAUCAAAGUAUGCCUAUUCUCCAUCCAUCGACACCACAAAAACUACCCAAACCGACGAGGAAAACGGUUCCAUUGGCAAAGAAGGUGAAGCUUAUAAAGAAGAAGAAUUGAACUCAUCUUCAACCGCUUCAGAAUUAUCAAAAUAA